UCGUACCUUCUGCUAAGCCUAAAACAAGAUGCUCGGCGGUUGCGUCACCCAGUUUUUCUCCCUGCGGACUUUCAUCUGAAAUCAUAAGUGACAAGAGGAUUUUAGAAGCAGAUUCUCUUAAGAGUCUCUGUGUGGCGCAUAUUUGUUUCGAAGCAUCCCGGCCAAGCUGGCGGAUCAAACGGACAACCAGGACAGCUGGAUUCAGCUUGUUUACCUCCACUUGGGGGAGUGUAUGUCACUCCUGAAUGUUUCGGAGAUUUUAUUGGGGUUUCAAAUGAGUGCACCUGGACUUGUAGGCUGUCAGCUGGGUCGAAUGGAAAUAUUUCGUGUUUUUGAGGUUGUUAAUCGAUUUAUGCUUUCUCUCUUUAUCUUUCCAGGUGACCUGGCCCAACUUCAGCUGCCUCAGAAAAAUGUAGAAGUGAUCAAAGGGAAGAUGGUAGUGCUGCAGGCUUCUUACACUGGUGUGGAGAUUGAGAAAAAUACAGUGGUAUGGAACUACAUGUCCAGCAGCACAGAAAUGAUUAUCUCAUACGUCAGUGGAGGCUUAAGUCAUAGCACUUCCCAGUUUGCAGGUCGAGUUGGUUUUAUGCAUAGUAUGCCCAACACCAACCUGUCCCUGUACAUUAACAACACCAAAGCAUCAGACUCAGGGAAGUACAUGUGCCAGGUCAUUAUCCCGGGCGUCCCAGGACUCACCGGAGAGCUCACCCUUAAUGUUAAAGUCCCUCCUUCAGUGCCAGUUUGUCAAAUUAAAGGAAGGCCUGUUCUUAAAGGGAACAUCACUCUGGCUUGUAACUCUGAUGAUGGUAAACCUGCACCAGUAUACAAGUGGACCAAGACCAGCCCCACUUCAGAGGUCUUCUUCCCUCCCGCACAAAAUGAAACAGCAGGAACAUUAAAGCUGAACAAUCUUAGCAGUAAUAUGUCAGGGAAAUACAUGUGCACUGCAUCCAACUCUGCAGGAGUGGAGACGUGCUACAUCAACCUGGAGGUCAUCACAUCGACUAAUGCUGGGAUGAUCGCUGGUGUCACAGUUGGUUGUAUUGUGGCUCUCAUCCUCAUCAUUCUCUUCCUCGUCUUCAUGUGGACAAGACGGAAAGACACAGAGGAGGAUUUAGCCAAUGAAAUCAAAGAGGAUGCUCAGGCUCCCAAACGCGUCUCAUGGGCCAAGAGUGGCACUGGAUCUGACAUCAUCUCUAAAAACGGCACCCUGUCCUCCAUUCAUACCAGCUCUUACCCACGAGACACCCAGAACCACCACCAUUACCCUCACUCCGACACCGCGUCCAUCCUCACGGCCACGGGCAGCACAGCCGGCUACCGCUCGCAGCCUCCAGCAGACGCCACCCUGGAGCGCACAUUGCCAGGCUACAACACCAACCCCACCGCGCACCGUGGACCCUCGGGACCCCCCAGCACCAAUGGAGGCUCCCAGCACACCUCAGUGCCCCGGGGGCCAGCCUCCGCUCAGCCUCAGAUUCCACGUCCGCCCGUGCUGCCCACCACCGUAACUGCUGCCAACAUCUCCCGCAUGGGAGGGGUACCCAUUAUGGUGCCAGCGCAAAAUCAGGCUGGCUCUCUGGUGUAGGACCAAACAUUUCUGCUGAACCUCUGCAGAGGACAUCAUGUCUGCGGUCCCACAAACUGAAGCACAUUGGAAAGGAUGAAUUGGAACCGAUAAGCUUAUUGCCUCUGUAUGGAAACUGUAUGAUGUCAUUUUCUUUAUUUACGUUUUUUUAUUUUGUUUAAAUAUAAAAAAUGUAAGCAAAUAUAUGUAAAGAUGCUCAUUUUAUUGUUUUAUAGUUUUUUACUGUUCAAAGUAAUACAGAAAAUCCUCUAAUUUCUGUAAAGUGGAACUUGUUUAACUGUAAACAAAAAGACACUGACCAAAAAACAAAGAUGUUGGAAUAUUAGUGCUGACAAAUGAUUAAUCGCGAUUAAUCGCAUCC